GAUCAUGUUAUAUACGAACAGCUACACCAUGAGUUUAUGAAUCGGCCCCGAGCGAGGGCUGUGUUCCUGCAUGGCAGACUCGUAUGGCAGCUGGCUUUACACAGCAUGGGUUUUCACCAUCUUCCAUUCAUUCUUAAUGGUAUCUCAACCGAGGCCAUUCCAUUUGGCAACCUGUUAGUGGGGAAUGGGUCAACUUACUACAAUAAUGGAUUGCAAGAUGAAGAAAUCGAUUUUGUUUGUGGAACAUACUAUAUAGACUGGCAUAAGCUUACCCGUGUACAAAUCAAUCACAGUUGUUCUGACUUAUACUUCCCAUUGGAUGUGGUCUCCUGGUGGCCCCGGCCCAAUGCUUGGGAUGCCUCAGGCUUGAAUGUCAGCUUUUGGUCUCCUUGUUGCAAAGGUUGGUUCUAA